UGAAAAGAGGAAGAAAGAGAAGCGCAGAAAUUUGUUUCCUUUGAUUGUUCCAUUUCUAUCGUCAAAACCUCCGUUCAAUUCGAGUCUAUAUAGUCUAUACUUCGGAUAACCCUAUCCAAACAGCCUAUCAUAUCGACCACAUUAGACAUGCCAGAGCAAAAAUUCGAGACCACAUCAUCUACAGAAUGCUCACUAGAGGAUUUCCCAGCUUCGCAAACAGAACCGGCGGCGACAACUUUCGACCCUGAGAAAGCCACUUCGAGGACCUCGCCAGCCGCAGGACCUAGCCCGAACGACUUCCCGGAUGGAGGGUGGGAAGCGUGGCUCGUAGUUUUCGGUGGCUUCUGCUCCAUCUUUGCCAGCUUAGGCUGGAUUAACUGUAUAGGAAUAUUCCAAGACUACUACCUUACGCAUCAGCUGUCGUCGUACUCCGCCAGCAACGUGGCCUGGAUCCCCUCAACGGAGUCUUUCAUGAUGUUCUUCUGCGCCCCUCUCGUGGGCAAGGCCACCGACCAGUGGGGGCCACGCAUUCCUAUGGCGAUAGGCUCGUUCCUCCACAUCUUCGGUCUGAUGAUGACAUCGCUUUCGAGCAAGUACUACCAGUUUUUCCUGGCGCAAUCCAUUUUCAGCGCCAUGGGCUGCAGCUUCCUCUUCUAUCCUCCGAUGACGGCAUGCGCCACGUGGUUUCUCAGGCAUCGAGCUCUUGCUAUCGGAAUAAUGGUUACCGGCUCAAGUGUCGGCGGCGUGGUCCUCCCCAUCAUGGUCAACAGGCUAGUGAACCAUCUUGGUUUCGGGUGGACCAUGCGAUCGCUAGCCUUCCUGCUUCUUGGCGUGGUUUUCGUCGCAAAUUUGACAGUCAAGUCAAGGCUGCCGCCCUUGAAGCGGCCUUUCCUUCUAAAAGACUUUUUGGAGUCCUACAAGGAGCCGGAGUUCCUCCUGUUGACCAUUGGCGCCUGGUUUGCGUACACUGGCGGCUUCCUUCCCUUCACUUUCAUCGUUGUUCAGGCGAGAGCACAGGGUAUGUCCGAUUCUCUGGCCGGCUACCUGGUCUCAAUUCUAAAUGCAGCGUCAACAUUCGGCCGCGUCCUCCCCGCAUGGUAUGGUGACAAGUACGGCGUGUUCAACAUCAUGAUAUUACUCACGACUUUGGGUGCAAUCUCAAACCUGACCCUGUGGCUGCCCAGCACCACACUGGCUGCUGGCUCAACCAACGCACUUAUCAUCGUAUUCACCGUCUUGUAUGGUUUCGCUUCAGGCUGUUACUUCUCUAUCUUGCCAGCGACGGUAGCGCAAAUCUCGGACGUCCGAAAGCUGGGCGUGCGCACGGGAAGCUUGUACGUGGUGGCGUCGACGGGCGUGCUUUUUGGCAGCCCUAUCGCAGGAGUCAUUGCUUCUGGACGCGGCAAUGGUUUCCUCGGUUUGACUCUGUUCUCGGGGCUGACGUUGCUUGUUGCUGUCGGAUUCGUCAUGCUCUCAAGAUUCAAGCAGGUGGGCUUUAAGUUGUUAGUAAAGUGCUAG